ACCCGCAUAAUGCACAGAAACCUGCGAGAGCUUCAUUAUUGGCAUCCAGAUGCAAUGUUGUGUCUGUCAUUCGCCGAUCACAAAGUGGAGAGUCUAUCGACUAUUCAACAUGACAGCUAAACGGCUUUAGCUGAUAAAACACCCAGAUAGUUACUCAGGUCCUUGUACAUUAAGAUGAACAUUGACGACAAGUUAGAAGGGAUGCUGCUUAAGUGCAGUGGAGGGGUGGACGGAAGGGUGGGGUUAGGGAGUGGGAGUUUGGUGGUGAUGACCAUUGGCGAGCGGGGUCUAGCCAACCACCCAUUGCUGGCCGAGGACGAUGAAGAUGAUGACGAAGAUCUUACUGGGGGUUCUCUGGUCUCCCACAACCUCAUUCCCCCUGAUGAACUGAUGGUGCAGGAGGAGACCGUGAAGAAUAAUAGAGAGGAGGGAGGACAUUUCCCUCAGAGAUUCUUACACAAGAUGCCAUGCACGGUUCACAUGCCGUUGAGCAUCAAACAAGAGAUGAAGCUGCCUGAGGCGCUCAUGCAGUCGAAGAAAGACAGGAAGCAGGUCAGGGAACUCAGCGAGUGCCACAAGAAGAAGAAGAAGAGGAAACAGCGUUCCCCUGCUAAGAUUCUCACUAUCAAUGAUGACGGGUCAUUAGGUCUCCAGAGUCCGAAGUGUCACGUGUGUGGACACUGCAACGCAGCCUUCCGCACCAAUUACCACCUCCAAAGACAUGUCUUCAUUCACACUGGUGAAAAGCCAUUCCAGUGUAGUCAAUGUGACAUGCGCUUCAUUCAGAAAUAUCUUCUUCAAAGACACGAGAAGAUCCACACGGGCGAGAAGCCCUUUCGUUGUGAGGAAUGUGGCAUGAGGUUCAUUCAAAAGUACCAUAUGGAAAGGCACAAGCGGACCCACAGUGGGGAGAAGCCAUAUCAGUGUGACUACUGCCACCAGUACUUUUCCAGGACCGACCGGGUCUUAAAGCAUAGGCGCAUGUGCCAUGAAAGCAAGGAGAGGAAGGCCCACAAGGCAGCGGUGAAGGAAGGACUCUUACGCAACUCUGAAUCUCUGGGCUUGUCCUUUCCUGCUAAAGAGUGCAUGCUGCCGAAGAAAAAGCGCCAGAAGUCCUCCGACAAGUCGCACAGCUCGGCGCUAGCCGCCCAAAUGGAGGUUCACAGAGUCACCGUCGUUGGCACGGAAGAGAAGGUGGAGGAGAGGCCGAACAAAAUCGAGUGUCUACCUCUCUACGCUGUUUCCUCGAAGGUCAAAGACGAGUAUGUCAUCACCGAUUAUUCAGUGGAGCUCCCAGACUCGCCCGACAACCGACACCGGGGCGGAGAAGCUUCGUCGGGGGAGAUCCAUCCGCCUAAACUGGUUCUGAAAAAGGUCCCCAAGAGGAGCCUCAAACAGCCCUCCGAGCCGCCCUCGAGCUUGUCUCCCUUGUCCUCCUUCGAAGAGAACAAAGUCACCAGGUACACCUUUGAAAUCGUGGACAAACAAGGUAUUUUGGAGGUGGAGAGCAACCAUGACCUGGAGCCGGUGGACCCGCUCCAGGGAGGGCAGGCCAAACCGGCGACGAGCAGCACAAACUACGACGACGCCAUGCAGUUCCUCAAGAAGAAGAGGUACCUUCAGGCGGCCGCGACAAACCACAGCCGGGACUACGCUCUCAAUGUCAGCAGCAUCUCGGCCCAGCCCUCGGUCACGCAGGCCGCGGUAGCCACAGUCAUCGACGAGACGGUCCCCGCCACUAUCCUGGAGCCCCAGCCCCUCAGCGUGGAGAUCAAGUCAGCCCAUGACAAGAACGUUCUCCCGGACGAGGUCCUCCAGUCCCUGUUGGACCAUUACUCAAACAAGGCCAACGGGCAGCAGGACAUCUCCUUCAGCGUGGCCGACACCGAGGUGACAUCCAGCAUAUCCAUCAACUCGUCUGACGUGUCGGAGAGCAGCCCCGUGGAGAGCCUGGGGCCUGGCAGCCAGCAGCCCCCUCCUCCCUCAGAGAAGGCCAGCCUUUUGCACGAGUACUCCAAGUUCCUCCAGCAAGCGCUGGAGAGGACCAGCCAGAACGAUAGCUAUCUAAGCAGUCAGAGUCUUAACUUUGUCACGGAGAGCCCCAGUCUUUCCGGACAGCCUUUGUUUUCCACCGAGAAGCAGUUCCCCUCCCCUAGCAGGUUCAAGUCAGGGAUGAGCUCUCCCCUGAGGUCCACUUUAGAGAAGCCUCAUUUUGGGCUCCUUGUCGGGGACUCCCAGCACUCAUUCUCCUUCUCGGGGGACGAGACGACGCCCACUGCAGUGUCCCCGACGGAAGACUUCCUGGAACAGGUUUCGUCCUCCAAGAAGGGGGAAUCCCAAAGCAUGCUUCAGACUUUUCAAAGCACCUUUGAUCAGAAUUUCCGAUCCCACUUCCAGACAUCGCGGCCCGGAGCCUCCUCUUCCCAGUUUACUAUUGCCAACGGACAAGUCAGUCUGAGAGGCCACGGCACAGACUUCUCAGAGUUCCCCUUAGGUAGUGUUACUGAUACCAGGUCUCAACUGAACGCUUCUCCCGAUGCUACACCAAGUCAGACAUUUGGAUGAGGGGAAACCCAACAGACGUUAUUUUUGUAAUGAUUCGUGUGGCACUUUAUACAUCCAUGUCCACUGUUCCGCCAAAACAGGUUACGCCACAUAGGUGGAUGUUGCUCAAAGCAUUGUUGGGAAUGGGUGUAGCUCCGUGGCAGAGCAUUUGUCUGCAGAUCAUUAGGUCCCGGGUUCAAAUUUCCUUCUCUGCUUUGGAUAAAAGCAUCUGUUAAAUGGAAAACAUUGUGACAAUAUAUAGCGGCGAGUGGCUUUGAGAUGAAAGCACUUUUCACAGAUCGAUCAAUCUAAAUUCAAAUGGGAAUUAUUUUGUAAAAAGCCCAAAGGUUUAACAGAAUGUAAAUGAAGACACAAGCAACCAAAGUACAAUGCUAAAAAGUUGAGUAGUCCUCCUAAUCCCCAUGGUCAUCGUCCUUUCAUACUGUGCUUUUAUUUAGUUUCUAAAAAUGUAUAUUAAUCAUGUUACAUUCACCUUUCCUGGUGGGAGACUCAAAUAUAGAAACAAUGUCCUUAAGCUAAUCAAAUAGACAGUAGAACAAUUAUGAUAUUGUUUUAAACCUUUUCUUGCUGCUAAAAGAUAUUUGGCCCAGAGAUGCCAUGGCCUCUUUUGAUAUGCAGGCUGGUUUUUUCCUCGAGAAAAUGUAUAUGAAAUGAAUCUCAAUUUGGCAAUGAUCCCUUUGCCAAACAUGCAUUUAGUUUUUACCAACAUAUUGCCCCGCUCUGUGAUUGGAGUUAAAAUUGUAUUGUGUAUGCCUUAUGUUGUAAUCAUGACAAUUAAUUUGUCUUAAUUUAGAAGUCACUUUAUUAUUAUUGUUACUUAACAGCCACCUUAAAGCAGGUGUUUCUCAAGUGCAUGUAAAAAAAACUCAAGCUGAUUUGUUGGUUGAUGCUGUGGAAUCCUCAACUGAUUGCAUUGGCUGGAAAAUUCAAGCAAUUAGCAAAUGUGAUUGAAUUGCAUUGAAUUCUCACAAUUGUUAAGACAAAUCCUUGUCUAUAAACAAUUUCCAUUACUUUUAUUGUCACGCUUAUUCGUUUUAGUUAGGUUUGCACAAAUGACUUGAAGCGUGUCAAAGCAGUAUCAGAUGGUAUUGAGUUCAUGCACUUAUACUUUUUGUCUCAAUUUAUAAUAGGUUUUCAUCAUGGCCUACUAAUAUGUUGCAUGCACUUAAAGACUGUACACUCUGUUUAUGACAGAGGAAUAUCUGUAGUUGUCACAAAAGCUGAACUGCCCAUUUAGUAUUUACUCUACAUAGUGUAAAAGUUAAUAGAACCUAGGUUAGAUUGUUUUUGACAUCUACAGCAGAUUCCUCUGCCUUUCACUUGUUACAUUUCAACGGACAAUCACGGACAUACACAACGCUCAUUCUGAACUAAAACUACACUUCCUUUGUGAACAUUCCCUUUUACCCUUAGAAUGUAGAAAAAUACUUUGCUGUAAAUAAGGUGUGUAUUGCCACUUAGUGCUUUUUCUGUUUUGAGAAACACUGCUACAUUUAAGACAAGGGGGCUUGUGCAAGAUGCUUUAUGGAUGCUUUUUGCUAUCAGAGUGCACAUUCUGAACAUAGUUUUUCAAUAUGAUACUGGUUAAUGUCAUGAGGUUUCUGUCAUACAUAUUAUGGAUUUCCCAGUAAUUUGACCUCAAAUUGAUAAAUUAAUUCAGUCUAUAACUUUGAUGAAUCACUGGCACCUUACCCUUCAUAAAAUAUAUUAACAAUUGAUCACGUGAGUUUAGGAUGCAAUUGCAAGUGGUUAUUUCACCAUCAAUUUGGAAAAUUGGACUAUUAUUGUAAUGAACGUCCUCGUUGUAGUGUCUGUAACUAAGGAUCAGAUAAUCAACCCAUUCAAGUAAAAGUACUUUCAAAAGCACAUUAUCGAAGGCAUCUGCCUCGAUCCUCAGUUAACUUUGUGUUAUAUUUUAAUGUGAAUCCUAUAAGGUCUUGUUUAUGUUUGAAAUGGGAAGCACCUGGCCACCAGCCCGGUUAACCAGUCUGGUCAUGUGACCUGUCUGUUUGAUCAGAGCAUCAUACCAUGUGACCUGAAGAUUUCUGUUGUAAAUUGGUCUUGGAAAAGCAACCCAUUUAUCAAAGUAACCUUUUUCCAUAAACUGGCCAUAAGUGUCCUUGUAUAAGCUGGGUGGUGGGAAAUAAUAUUGUUUCAUUUUUGUGAGAAAAUGUGUAAAUGUUAAAACCUUUUGAUAAAAACGUUCUAUUUUUGAAACAUAAUGUUACUUUAAGCUUUUAAGUAUGUCAUAUGCAGUCAUUCUUGCAGCCCUCAUUUGGUAUAUAAUAGUUUGAUUCAUGAUAUGAUGAGCUGUGGCAAUAUGGAUGUUUUCCUUCGAGUCUUGAGUUUGUACUCAGAUAUUUUAUUGAUCAAUCUGAGAAGGAAAUACCAAAUUAACUGUCAAAGUGUGGAUUACUCAAGUAUGCCAUUUCACAGAGGUGAUUCAUCUCUAGCAAGAUGACAAGGUUGAUUUGCAUGGUAUCUGGAUUGAGUGAACUUGUUCUAUAGAAACAGUAAUGUAAUGUGCGGCUUUAAUUGUAGCAGAUUAAUUUCAGUAAAGUAAUAUUAGUUAUGCAAUAUAUUAUGAUUUGUAAAGGAUAUCUGAUUCAAAUAGUUGUUUUGAUUGUUGUGUGUUAUGUCCUUCCAAAUAAAUAAUUAUUCUCACUGUU